CCGGUGAGUCGUAUUGAGGACUUUGUCAGAUGGAGGCCGCUUCUCAUCAGGCUGCGACCUCAUGUAGGUAUAUCUAUCUGGCCUCGUCCACUUGCGCAGUAUUCCCUAUGGCCGUUCCGCUCUAUUCACCGCAUCACCACACAUCGAUUUAAACUCACGGAUACCCUACGCUAGACAUCCCGACCGACGGAUAGACCCAUAGGGAACCCACCUUGAAGCACACGGCAACCCUAACGGGCAACAACAGAUUCAUUCACUUCCCGUCCCCACCAUGCGCUCUCUAUUCCUCCUCCCGGGCGCUCUCCUUCCACUCGCACUCGCCACCCCUGACUUCUCAGAUUGGCGAAAGCCAGGCACAAACGACUACCGCGCACCAUGCCCAGCCCUCAAUAGUCUCGCCAACCACGGCAUCCUCCCCAGAGACGGCCGCAACCUUUCCGUACCUAUGCUCGUCAGUGCCAUGAGUGAGGUCUUUAACCUCUCCACCGAAGUCGGCACGCUGGUAUCCAUCCGCGCGAUCGAUACCUCUUCCACACCUGGUACUGGCACAUUCUCGCUCAAGGACCUGCAGAAGCAUAACAUGAUCGAACACGACGCCUCGCUGUCGCGUGCGGACGACGCCUUAAGUGGCGAUAGCCAUAGCUUCAACCAGCAGGUCUUUGACAGCUGGUUCCGAUUCUUCGAUGGCAUGGACGCCCUAACACUCCCGGCGCUGGCUAUGGCGCGGUAUAGUCGCGUGGUAACGGAGCGGUAUCGCAAUCCGGCGUUUGUGUAUGGUGCCAUUCAGCAGUUCUCGGGGUAUGCGGAGAGUAUUCUGAUUCUGAAUGGGAUGGUGGAUGAGAAGGGGGUGUGUCGAAAGGAUUAUACCAGGAUUCUUUUUGAAGAGGAACGAUUACCAUAUAAUGAGGGCUGGAGGCCGCCGAAGAAGUCGCUGAAUGCGUUUGUGUUCUCGUUGAACAUGCUACAGAUGGCGCUUGCGACACCGGAGAAGACGUAUGAUGCAGCAGCCGCGGAGUUGGCGAAUCUGCAUCUUGGUACAGGAUCACAUGCCGGCGCGUUUGACUCUGCGUUCCACCAUCAGGUCCCGAUUCACCAGGGGUUUUAGGUGGUCUUAUAGCUUCAUGGCUGCAUCGUAGAUUAACUCGUGCUCUAUAUUGUAAAAUAUCAUGUAAAAAUGGUUCUAAAGACAAAGAUGCUCGGCUAUUUUGACACGUUGUAGGGAGGCUUGCAUAUCAUGUGCUUUGUUGUUCAUUACUGAGAUCAAAGGUAACAAACGUAAAGUCGUACUGGCGAUUGGACGGAUCGAAUGAUUAGCCGUUUGGUAUACACAACAUCAUAUCCUGAAGUCGACGUAUGCAUGAAAUUAAGGUAUCAUGUCAUUUGCCUGGGAAAGGCCUAGAGAGACAUAAGAACAGAUAUUGGGAUCAAUAAUAAUACUAAGCUCAUGAUUGAC